GUAUUCGACUAUCAGUUGUUGCCUGUUGAGAGUGUCAAGGCUUCAACCUCCGGCCUCUGUCAGCGUCGUGUGUCCUGACCAUUUCGGAACCGCUUGCUUUUCUCCUGAGGGGGCAUGAGUGAUUGUAGACGAUGCCCCUCAUGCUUGGCGUGAAGGUGCGCAGUGUUUGGCGUCAUCUAGUUGGCAAUGAGCGUGGAGAAUCUGCAAGCAGUCAUAUAUGAACUGAAUGAAAGUGUCGGAACAUCAAUGAAGGUUUAUAGCUUCGGAGAUUCGAGCUUGCAGCCGAGCUAUAGUACCUCCGGAGAAGUUCUAUUUUGGUUCAAGAGCAGAGUCCGAGCAGAAUGUAGCGCAGUGAGCAACGCAUUGAUUGUGUAAAAUACUCGAUGUGUACUUGUUCUCGUUGCGAAUAUCCCCGUUCCCUCCAAAGUGUUCGCUGGAAAUUUCGAAAGGUUUUGAUUUGACGAAAACCGAUUUGGUACUACAGUUUAAUUAUAGCUUGGUUCGAAUUGGUGAUCAAGUGCCGCAGAUAGCUGACGUUAACUGUAGGUAAAGAAAGAAUUCCAGUCUUUUAGACCACGUUUUUUUGUGCUGCUAUGAGAAGUAAUCUCGUAUUCUCCAGUGAGGGCCUGUGCCAUCAGAGGAUUUUCAUGUGCCCUCAUCUUUCGACAGCAACUUAGAAUGCAGGACGGAGCUUUCACAUCAACAUCACAUACUUGUCACUCCAGGAAAGUUUAUACAUCUCUCAUGGAGUUAUUGAAGAGGUUUUGAUCUUAGAUAUAGGGUUUUAAAGACAAUCUCUAGACGGGAGGAGCCUGCGGGCGUGCGCCACCAUGUCGUCGACAUGGGCAUGGAUCGUUGUGGUAGCCAUCUUGUGUCUCUUACAAGAAGCAUCGUGUACAUACCAAUGCGGCAAGGGGAUCACAGACAAGGUCUAUGACGCGUGCACGCUCCUCCCCGCUCUGGGUGCUUCCCUCGCUUUUACCUACAACAAUUCCUCCAACUCCAUCGACUUUGCUUUCACAGAGGACCUUGAAAGUGCGUCUGGUUGGGUGGCUUGGGGGAUCAACCCCGACGGAGCCCAAAUGGUGGGAACUCAAGCGCUGGCGGCGUUCUCCAACAACACGGGUGUCUCAAUUCGAACCUACAAUGUUAACGGCGCAGUGAAGGGCGGAGUCCCCUUGGUUCCAGGCACAGUAUCUGUCGCCUACUCUAACUACUCAGCCGUCGUGGUUGGCACCACCGCUACAAUCACAGGCACUGUGCUACUGAAAUCAGGACAGCUCACUUCGUUCAAUGUCGUGUGGAACCGAGGCUCUGAAGUGGAUGUUGCAACUGCCGCAUUAAGGAGCCACUCGCUCACAAAUGCCGAUAAUCUCAGAAGCACGUUGGUGAUCGAUAUGGGGACUGGCCAGACACUUGGCGGAGGGGAAAUUCCCAACAAACGGCUCAAAGAUAUUCAUGGUAUUAUCAAUGCGAUUUCGUGGGGAAUUCUGCUUCCGAUUGGGAUCAUGGCAGCGCGGUACUUGCGCCCAUUUGAAUUUGCAGACCCUGCCUGGUUCUAUCUUCACGUGUUCUGUCAGGUUACCGGCUACGCUGGCGGGACAGCAGGAUGGGUGCUGGGUUUGCGGCUCCAGAAGUUUGCCAAUCCUAUCAAGUACUAUCAUCGCAACCUUGGCAUCUCAAUCUGGGCGUUAGCCACUUUCCAGGUAUUGGCAGCGAUUCUGUUGAGACCUAAGCCCAAAACCAAGCACCGGCCUUUGUGGAACGCAAUCCAUCACGUCACUGGAUUUGCAAUCAUCAUCCUGGCCAUCAUCAACAUUUUCGAAGGCAUCGAUCUGUUGGGUGCAGAUAACUGGAAACGCGUGUACAUCACCAUUCUCAUAGUCAUAGGGCUGGUCGCAUUCGUCCUGGAGCUUAUCACCUGGUUCCACUGGCUGCAAAAGAAGGAGCGGAAGAGAAAGCACAGUUCACUUGUCGGAGAUUCAUAGUGACUGCCCACAUCCGUUCCAUUUCAACCAACAUCCUCCACUCAGUCCCGAGGAAUGUUUCGUCAAUGAACCCACAAGUGACCUCUGUUGCGUUAAAAACCCUUCGGUGGCCAGGGCGUUAUGAAGGGCGAGGACGUGAGAAAAACGAAGCUGCCUUCCAAGGCUACGGACUGAGACUUGAUCGGUUGAGGAUGCGAGUUUCCAAUUAUAAAACUCUUUCCCUUUUCCUCUCUUUGUUUUUUCGUGAUAGGCCUCGCCGUGUUUUUAUUUAUCUAGCCACAGUGGGCUCUAUUAGUAAAUGCGCUCACUGCGCUUGGUUUUCCCUUCGCUAAGCCGAACACAACCACUCCACCAGUUCAUGUAGAGAUGAUACGCACUGGAGCAAGAAAUUACUUCUAUUAUUCGGAGGGUUUGAGUCCCAUGGGGCAGUUUAACAUUGUUGAAAUAAGAGCUGGUAGGGUUGCGUUAUAUAUUGAAGUAGCACACACUCCCAGGACGCAUUCAAACUUCGAUGUGGAGCCUGCGAGUGUAGCAGCAACAGCAGGCAGUCUGCGGAGCCCACCGCAGUUUCACCUGAAGAGAGGCUAUGUGGCAUCUGUGGACUAUUUUGUUCCGCUCAGUACAAUGCAAUAUUUACGCCGCGUCAUCGUGACAUGAAUCUUACCGAAAACUGAAUCUGAUGGGUUGGAAUCCAAUCUCCCUUCUUCCA